CGGGAGCAGCCGUUCGACGCCGCCAUGCCUGAGGGCAAGUCCCUCUUCCGGGAGGUGCUGCCCAAGCAAGGGCAGUUGUCAGUGGAGGAUGUGGCUACCAUGGUGUUAUGUAAGCCAAAACUGUUGCCUUUAAAAUCUGUUACCCUAGAAAAGCUAGAGAAAAUGCAGCGAGCCGCACAGGAGACAAUUCGCCAGCAAGAAGUGGCACAGAGGGAGCAGCAGCAACAAAGCCAACAAUAGGGUGCAUGAUGGUUCACCCCCUCUAAGAAAUAUUUCACCUAAAUAUUGUACCUUAGUUUGUGUAUAUUAAUCUAGUGAUGUUUGCUGUACAGGAAUGGUAAAAGUCCAUACUAAACUUUCUUAGCUCAUGUCUUCUUAUAUUCUACAUAUAAAUGUCUGUAGAUUUUGCUUAA